UCCAUCACCUUCCUUAUCCUAUGCCAAGCGCACAUUAAGCAACAUCUCGCCUUCUUAACAUUUAUGGCGCGAAAGAAUUAGCUUUCUUCGCCUUCAUGCGAUUUGCAGUUUCUCUUCCGUCUCCUCACCGUCUCAGUCCAGUAGCCAUGGCAAAUAGGUCGGGUUCUCUGAUUUGGUUCCGUAAGGGGCUACGGAUCCACGACAACCCGGCUCUCGAGUACGCUUCUGAAGGAUCCAAGUUUGUGUACCCCGUGUUCGUGAUAGAUCCACAUUACGUGAAGCCGGACCCUAACGCAUUUUCUCCCGGGUCGACUCGGGCAGGUCUGAAUAGGAUUCGUUUCCUGCUCGAGAGUCUUGUGGAUCUUGAUUCGAGCCUCAAGAAGCUCGGGUCGCGCUUGCUAAUUUUGAAGGGUGACCCAAGUGAUGUUUUGAUUCGUUGCUUGCAGCAGUGGGAUGUCAAAAAGCUUUGCUUUGAAUAUGAUACGGAUCCUUAUUACCAAGAUUUGGAUAUUAAAAUAAAGAGCUAUGCUUCUUCAGCUGGAAUUGAAGUUUUCUCUCCUGUGAGUCAUACACUCUUCAACCCUGAGGACAUCAUAAAGAAAAAUGGAGGAAAGCCGCCAUUAACUUACCAGUCCUUUCUGAAGCUAGCUGGGGAACCUUCAUGGUUGAGUUUACAACUUUUCACUUCACCUUCUUCACUUCCUCCAGUUGGAGAUGUUGGAAAUUCUGAGAUUUCAGGAGUACCAACAAUUGAAGACCUUGGCUACAAACACAAUGAACAGGAUGAAUUUACACCUUUUAGAGGUGGUGAAUCAGAAGCAUUGAAGAGACUGAGAGAAUCAAUCAGCAACAAGGGUUGGGUGGCAAAUUUUGAGAAACCUAAGGGUGAUCCAUCUGCAUAUCUAAAGCCUGCAACAACUGUUCUGUCACCUUACUUGAAAUUUGGAUGUCUUUCUUCCAGGUACUUCUACCAGUGUCUUCGAGAUAUUUAUAAGAAUGUCAUAAGACAUACAUCACCACCAGUUUCACUUGUUGGGCAGUUGCUAUGGAGAGAAUUUUUCUACACUGUAGCAUUUGGUACUCCCAAAUUUGAUCAAAUGAAGGAUAACAGAAUAUGUAAGCAGAUACCUUGGAAUGAUGAUGAUAACCUGUUGGAUGCUUGGAGAGAAGCUAGGACAGGAUAUCCUUGGAUUGAUGCUAUCAUGGUCCAGCUCCGCGAAUGGGGUUGGAUACACCACCUAGCACGACAUUGCGUCGCUUGUUUUCUAACUCGUGGAGAUCUGUUUGUUCAUUGGGAGAAAGGGCGCGAUGUCUUUGAGAGACUUUUGAUCGAUUCAGAUUGGGCAAUUAAUAAUGGAAAUUGGUUGUGGCUAUCAUGUUCAUCUUUUUUUUACCAGUAUAAUCGUGUCUACUCUCCAGUAUCUUUUGGGAAAAAAUAUGACCCAGAUGGCAAUUACAUUAGGCAUUUUCUCCCAGUACUCAAAGAUAUGCCGAAGGAGUAUAUUUAUGAACCAUGGACAGCUCCUGCAAGCAUUCAAAAGAAAGCAAAGUGCAUAAUCGGAGAAGACUACCCAAAGCCAGUGGUUUCUCAUGAUUCUGCCAGCAAAGAGUGCAAAAGAAAGUUGGCAGAAGCAUAUGCAUUGAAUCAAAAGUUGAAUGGUCACGUAAGUGAUGAAGAUUUAAAAAAUUUAAGGAGAAAACUGGAAGCAGAUAAGGAUCAGGAGUUCAAAAGCAGAAAGCAACAAAAGAAGCUUUGCUGAAGUUGGAAAUAUUUCAGCCAUGAUCCCUGGAACCAGAGGAUAGUAGAUAAUCUAGUCCAGAAAUUUCUGGAGCAGAAUGACUUCCUUAGCUUAACCCUGGUUUGAAAAGGCAAGUAACUCAUGUAGCUGUAUAUACACGAUCAUUCAAUGUUGUGGUGGAAAAGGGUUGAAAUAGUUCAAAACUCUAUGACUACCAACAUCAUUUAUGAGGAUCUGGAUCUCAAUAUCUGGGGUUGAGAAAGUGGUGAGUGCAGCUCCCAUGCCACAUCCUUAAUGGUGAAGAAACAAAUUUGGGAUCAAUUUUGACUUCUGUUGCUUCUAAGUUCUAUAGCAACAUGAUCAAACAGAUCCAUUUAAUUCAUAUAUUUUCUAGGGGCCCUCUUGGAGUACGAACUCUCAAAGCUUGAUGUUUUAUGUUGUUUAGUCAGGGUUCAGCAUAAGGUUUAACACGAGUUAGAGAAGUGACCCCUCAUUUUGUCAACACAUCCUCUUAAUUUCUUGGACAUUCAUGAAUGAAGCAGAGGAUUAGAGUUUUGAUAUUUGAGUGUCUGAGUAUCACCUGGUGUGAGUAUGUAUUUAAGUGGAAAAAACCUUACCCAUGUUGGUGGAUGAUAUUUCGAAGUCCAUUCCCCAUUUUAGGUCAUUUUCUGCUUACUGAAUUCCGAAACGCUGUAAUUUAAUAUAUAAAUUUA